UAUAGAGCAGGAUGCAGGAUGGCGAGCGAGAGACUCCUGUUAGAUCACUGAAUCUUCUCGCUGUAACUUGCGACUGCAAAGUAAACUCUUCUCUUUUCUCACGGCUGAGCUCCAGCCAUUGUGCCAUUGUUGCUUUCGCGUACUGACUGCUCCAGCUCUGCUCCCAAAUCCGCAAAAAGCUCAGGAGAAGCCCAUGCGAAGUGCGAAGCGAGAAGCCCACCAAACGGGGCGGUUCCACUUCCCAAGGCUUCUCUGCUCAGUGGCCAAGACGCACUGAUGUGGCGCCCGAGAUCGGCCUUUUGCCACCUGUUUUCUAAGCAUCGCUGGCAAUUUCCAAGUUCUGGACUUUCCGAGGUGACAGGUUGUUAGACUACUACUAGCUAGAGUACCAGGUAGCUAGCUAGUUUGAGAGUUUGAAUUGUCAUGCCACUCUAGCUGGCUAGGAUCUUCUUCCCGCAAAAUCGCAUCGUCUCACUUUCUUUGCUACUUGCACACCGCUCUCUUCAAGUUUUUUGAAACAAAGACCAACAAGAACCAUGGAAGGGAUUAACUACUAUUUGUUCUUGGCAGCCAUGGAGAAUCGGGAAGGGGCUUUGAAUCUGGCAAAGGGUAACGUGGCCGAGGCGCUGGAGAUCUUGGAGAAUGCUGUGCACAUUCUAGAUCAACUGGCGCAGCUGCCUGAGAUACUCCAGUUCAACCUCCAAAGACCACACUAUUGCGUAUCUGUGGCGCUCCCGUUCCUCCAGGAACAAGAUCCAAGAUACUUUGCAUACAGCAGAGCUUUGAUCUUCUCUCCUUUGAUCGGAGAAGUCUGCUGCAUCCAGGAGAUUGCGUAUUACCGUGCAGUGGCAUUGUUCAACAUUGGCAUGGCUCACCAGAUGAAGGGCAAGGUUCUCAAAUGCAUCAAAAGCCAAAGGAAAGCCAUCCGAUUCUUUGACUCCUGUCUCUCCGCAAUCGCACUCCUUCCGAUUGGAUCCCAAGACACUGACUUGCUGCGUGUCGCGGCUCUGAACAACAAGGCUGUGAUUCUCAGUGACAUGAUGGACUUUGAUCAAGCCAAGCUAGCUUUGGAUGAAGUUCGAGGCAAGUGGCGCCAUGCUCUGGCUCAACAGCUUACAGAGGGGGCGUUUGUCAGAAAGGAUAUUGAGGGGUUCAUAUUAAACACGAUGGAGUCAGUGCCUCCAACUGCAGCCGCGUGCGCAUAAAGCAAAACUGCCAGCCACAGCCUCAGCCAUCACUCGGUAUCUCAUUAAAGUACUUGAUAUUCUACAUACACAUAAACCAAGCAACUCUCUAAAAAUAGACAUGACUUCAUUGCUCG